AUGACUCUUCAUCGUACGUGUUUAACCUUCACAAGUCGAGGUGAUGCAUUGGAGAGGGUGGCUGCGGUGCUGGCGAAGUACCGACAAGACGACUAUUACGCGUACGAACGCGACGGAGAUUGGUUUGUCGGCCUUGGAAACCACUCGACAUUGCUCAUAGACUCUAAAGGAGAGAAUAUUACUAUAGCAAUGGGAUCGAAACAAAUAUCCCGCUCAAUUGCAGGAUCUUCUAUCUCUGCUCUCGCAAGAGAGUUCGUUGACGAGAACCUGAAAACCGGCGGCAAGAUAUUCGGUCAAGCCGGGUUUAACUAUGCUGCCCACAUCCGCAGGCAAGAGUUCAAACCUGGCCAGUGGCCACUUCUCAGCCUGCUAGUUCCAUCCAUUGAUCUCACUUUCCGACGAGAUGAGAUCACCAUCGCGGGAUUUGACGACGAUCGGGUUAGAGAACUACACGAUUUCAUCCACAAUCACCCGGCCAAUUUCGACCGUGCACAUCUUAAAACCACAGCUCGUAUCGAUACACAGGAAAACCCAGAGGAGUAUAUAUCAAGGGUUGAAAAAGCGCUGCUCGAGAUAAACAGAGGCAACUACGUCAAAGUGAUUCCAUCGCGAGCGGUGAAUAUCCAGGACAAAGUCGAUAUGCCGGCAACUCUUCUUCUUGGCCGACGAGCAAACAAUCCUGCGCGGACUUUUUCAUUGAAUCAUGCUGGGUUUCAAGCUACAGGGUUUAGCCCAGAACUAGUCAUGUCAGUGCAAGAAAGGAAAGUGAUCACUGAGCCAUUGGCUGGCACUAGAUCCUGCAAUGGGUCAGAAGCUGAAGUAGAGCGCCUCCGUAGGGAGUUAUUGAAUGAUCCGAAGGAAAUUGUGGAACAUGUCAUUUCGGUCAAAGAAGCAAUUGAAGAACUUGAGCGACUGUGUGUACCGCAUUCCGUCACCAUUGACGACUUUAUGUCAGUCCGCAUACGCGGCUCCGUUCAGCAUCUGGGUUCUCGUGUGGCAGGAAUCCUAUCGCCUGAUAAAGAUAUGUGGGAUGCUUUUGAGAUCCUGUUCCCUUCGAUCACGGCCUCGGGAAUUCCGAAGCAUACAGCGAUCCAAGCUAUCCAGCGCCUUGAACAUCAGACGAGGGAGCUCUACUCAGGUGCCGUCAUCAUGAUUGAGGACCCGGAAUGCUUUGAGGCGACACUAGUGCUACGGAGUGUAUUUCAGGAUGCAACUCGCCAAUGGAUCCAAGCUGGGGCUGGCGUCAUUUCACAAUCGAAUCCGCAACGUGAGCUGAGAGAAACCUGCGAGAAAUUGGCAAGCAUCGCUCCGUUUGUGGUUAUGGAGUCCAGGCCUUAG